UUCCAAGCAAGUCUGACUCAAGGGGGGAACAGUACUCUUUUGACUUAGUUUCUGGAUUCUUCACGACAUCUUCUCAGAAAAACGUUCUCUGUUUCCUCACACGCUCAAAGGCAACAAGAAGAGAGUGAAGAAGAAGCAAUAAGAGAAAAUAAGAGGAUUUAUUCAUACUUUUUGUGAUUGGAUUGAAAAGCACGUGCAGACGGUUUUAGACCACUGGACCCUUUCAGAGACUGAGAAGUGAGGUCAUCCUGUAAUACAUUCUCCCUUGGCGGAGUGUCUCCAGCUUUGCUGUUAGUCAUACUUUGAAGAGACAAACACACACGCGCGCGCGCACACACAGAGCAACAAUGGUGGCCGGAAUGGUGAUGCCCUUGGUGGACUUGAGGGCCAUCUACGAGCUCCUGUUUCGUGAUGGUGUCAUGGUGGCCAAGAAAGACAAGCGGCCCCAGACCAAGCACCCAGAGAUCCCCAGCGUGGGAAACCUGCAGGUGAUCCGCGCCAUGGCCUCCCUCAAGUCCAGGGGCUACUUGAGAGAGACUUUCGCCUGGAGGCACUUCUAUUGGUACCUGACCAACGAGGGCAUUGUUUACCUGCGCGACUACCUCCGUCUGCCUGCUGAGAUCAUUCCCUCUUCCCUGCAAAGGGUUCGCCAUCCAACAGCAACCCUGGCCAUUGCCCAAAGGGCAGCGCGUGGGGUCCAGUCAGUGGACGGCCCCACAUCUUAUGUCCCCAAACCUGGCAGGGAAGAGAGUCAGGAGGCGAUGGCUGAGCGCCAGGUCUACCGACACAGGAAGCUGGACGCAGCCGAGGAGGAAGGCCCCUCUGACAGGACGCCAAGGUUCAGAGGUCGCCUGAUGGCCACCGAGCCGGUCAGACCAAGAGCAUCACGGGAAUCUGAGUCCCAGGCCCAGCCUCCCCUGUGGAAGGGGCGGGGCUUCCGCACUGAGGCUUCAAUGAUGGAGGAAAGCCAGGGGAAGAGGGCCUCCACGGUUACCUUCUCUCAGACCACUGAGGCUAGUAAAGCAGGGGUGUCCUCCCAGGAGAAGAUCAUCACUAAGGUUCGUGCAGAAAGGUCCCAGGUGGUUCCGGUUCAGAAAAAUUCUACUUCAACACAUGAAUCACAGGUCAGCAUCAUGUCAGUCUCCUCCAAAACAGCCUUCCCAUUAGCUGUUACUGCAGUAGCUAGUGCUGCAGGAGCUGGGGCUGCAUUAGUGAAGGUCUCAGCUGAAUCCUCUUUCAAUAAAGCAGGUAUAGAGAAGCCCAAGAAAGCUGCAGGGGUUGAAGAGGCCCCCAACGUCUCUGAGGAACCUGUACCCAGUAAGCCAGCCAUCCCAGCACCCCUGCCCCCUACUAAAGAGAUUGAGGAGAAAAAAACAGAAGUGACUCCAGAACCCAAGAAAGCAUCAGAAAUGACUGUCCCCCAAGAGACCCCCAAACUCUCAGCCGAACCCACCAAAUCGUUUAAAGUUGAUAUCACUGAUCCCUUAUUAGUGGUCAGUGGCAAAGACAGUGUUGUCACUGAAAAGGUUAUUGAAACUAAAAAAGGGAUGAUUGAAGAUUGCUCCAAAUCAAAGAAGAAGAAAAAAUCUCCCAGAGAAAUAACGAAGGCUGCGAUGGCUGAAUCACCUGUCACAAAGGUGUCCCCAGAAAAAGGACUGAAGACCCCCGAGGAAGAGACACAGGAGCCCCCCAAACCCCCACCAGCUUUUGCAUCAUCAAUAAAGCCCAAGGGACCAGAAUCCACUAAAGAAACGAAGGCUGAGGUUCGAAGAGAAACUAAGGCUGAGGUUCAAAAAUCAAAUGAGGCUGAUCAUCAGAUCCCCAAACCAGCAGUGGAACAGAGCAACACUAAGUCUAUAGUAUCACAAGCUGCAUCCCAUCCCGUUGCAGCCCCUCGAGUGCAGGAGAAGGCUGAGACGACCAAUAAAGUGGCCUCAGGCUCAUCUGGACAAUUCACCCACGGGUCAGAGAUGAGUGUCACUAAAGUGGAAAUGGUAAAAGUGCAGAAGACCAUAAAGAUAGAGAUGAAACAGGAAGCCCUUAAUCCUGUGGAGAUGACCUUCACACUGCCACCGCAACCACCACAACCUGCCAUAGUGCCGGAGGCUAAGGCCCCUAUAGAAACAGCUGUGGUUGAUUCGUCAAAGGCAAAAAAAGCUAAAAAGAAAAAGCAGGUUUCUUCCCCAGACCGUGAGACCACAAAAUCAUUAUCUCCACCUGCAGCUAAAACAUCAUCACCAACAGAGAAGGUGUUGAUGACCAGGGCCGCCGUUAAGGUUGACUUCCCAAACACCCCUGGGGCAAAAGUAAUGGACUGCUCUCCAAAGAUGCCUCAGGAAGGAAUGUGGUCUGAGGAAACCAGCAUGGCAGCAGCUGUGCAGGCUGGGGCCCCUGCUUUAGACAAAGGAGAGGCGGAGCCUGCCCAGCACUCUGCUGAAAAAAAACGGGAGGACUCGAAACCAAAAACCUCCUCUGCAAGGGAAGCACCCGGAGAGACAGCGUCAGCCAGAGCCGAGGCACGGGCCAGCCUACACACUGAGCAGGGGGAGCUUCCCAGAGUUGUUGCAAAACACGCUCUAACAGCAGCACAGAGCACAGAGGAGGAGAAGAAAAGUCUAUCUGUUCCUCCCAAGGCCUCGGAGCAGGAGAAGGACAAGGAACCACCACAGACCCCUGCUACCACUGCAGCCACCACCCCUCUGCCAGCACAGCCUCACCUGGAGGACACCUGUGACCAGCCUGUAGACGAGGCCAACAUGAGGAAGAAGAUAGUAGUGGUGGAGGAGGUGAUUGAGGUGCAGCACAUCACUAGCCCGCAGGCAGUGGCUGGAGGAGAGGCUCCUCCUGCUGUUGUACCUGAGAGAACAGGGCAAGAACUGGACUUUGAUGUCCUGCACGCACUGGCCGUUGAACGGGCUCUCCUGGCCGGAGGAGCGGUGGUCGAGUCCGCCCAGAGCACCAUCUCCGACGAUGACUGGGACCACUCUCUGGACGUACCCGAGGAGAAGACCUUCCCCAACUUCAUAGAAGACGAACGGGAUCGAGUACAGAAAAAGACCUUCACAAAAUGGGUGAACAAACACUUGAUAAAGUCACAGCGUCAGGUCACAGACCUGUAUGAAGACCUGAGAGAUGGACACAACCUGAUCUCCCUCCUGGAGGUCCUCUCUGGGGAGAAGCUGCCCAGAGAGAAAGGCCGCAUGAGAUUCCACAAGCUGCAGAAUGUACAGAUGGCACUGGACUUCCUCAAACACCGACAGGUCAAGCUGGUGAACAUCAGAAACGAUGACAUUGCGGAUGGUAACCCCAAGCUGACCCUUGGGCUGAUAUGGACCAUCAUCCUUCACUUCCAGAUCUCGGACAUCCAGGUGAAUGGCCAGUCAGACAACAUGACGGCCAAAGAGAAGCUACUGAUGUGGUCCCAGAGCAUGGUGGAGGGCUACCAGGGCAUCCGUUGUGACAACUUCACCACCAGCUGGAGGGACGGCAAGCUCUUCAGCGCCGUCAUCCACAAACACCAGCCUAGACUCAUUGACAUGAGUAAGGUGUACCGCCAGACCAACGUGCAGAACCUGGAGUACGCCUUCAACGUGGCAGAGACAGACCUGGGGGUGACACGCCUGUUGGAUCCAGAGGAUGUUGACGUGCCACACCCUGAUGAGAAGUCCAUCAUCACCUACGUGUCGUCCCUGUAUGACGCCAUGCCCCGGGAUGUCCAGGAUGGAAUCCAGGCUAACGAGCUGGAGCUGCGCUGGACGGAGUACUAUGAGCUGGUCACUAUCAUUCGGCAGUGGAUAAGCCACCAUGUCGUUAUCUUCGGCGAGAGGAGGUUCCCAGGCAGCUAUGAGGAGAUAGAGAUCCUGUGGCGUCAGUUCUUGAAGUUCAAAGAGACAGAACUGCCUGCAAAGGAGGCCGACAAGCACCGUUCCAAACUCAUCUACCAGUCAUUUGAGAGUGCAGUGCAUGCUGGUCAGGUCAAGGUCCCUCCAGGCUACCAUCCCAUUGAUGUGGAGAAGGAAUGGGGCCAUCUGCACGUGUCCAUCCUAGAGAGAGAACGACUGCUCAGGACAGAGUUUGAGAGGCUGGAGAGACUACAGAGGAUUGUCAGUAAAGUCCAGAUGGAGUCAGGUGUGUGUGAGGAGCAGCUCAACCAGCUGGAGACCCUGCUGCAGACGGACAUCCGUCUCCUGAGUGCAGGGAAGCCGGCUCAGCACACUGCCGAGAUGGAGCGGGACCUGGACAAGGCAGACGGUAUGAUCCGCCUGCUCUUCAACGACGUGCAGCUGCUCAAGGAUGGACGCCACCUGCAGGCUGAGCAGAUGUACCGCAGGGUAUACCGCCUUCACGAGCGUCUUGUGAACCUGCGCACCGAUUAUAACCUGCGCCUCAAGUCGCAGAUGAUCCAGACCAUCCAGCAGCCCUCCACCAGGGCGCGUCCUGAGAUGGACGAGGUGACCCUGCGCUACGCCCAGGACCUGCUGACCUGGGUGGAGGAGAGUCAGAGGCGGAUUGACGAGGCCGAGUGGGGCUCGGACCUGCCCACCGUGGAGUCUCAGCUGGGCAGCCACCGGGGCCUGCACCAGACCGUGGAGGACUUCCGCGCCAAGAUCGAACGGGCCAAGGCUGACGAGAGCCAGCUAUCCCCAGUCAGUAAGGGGACAUACAGUCAAUACCUGGGCAAACUGGACCUUCAGUAUGCCAAGCUGCUGAACUCCUCCAAGUCUCGUCUGCGUAACCUGGACUCGCUCUAUGUGUUCGUCAGCGCGGCAACCAAGGAGCUGAUGUGGCUCAACGACAAAGAGGAGGAGGAGGUCAACUACGACUGGAGCGAUCGCAACACCAACAUGACUGCCAAGAAAGACAACUACUCGGGUCUGAUGCGUGAGCUGGAGCUGAGAGAGAAAAAGGUCAACGACAUCCAGGCCACAGGAGACAAGAUGCUGAAGGAGGGCCACCCCGGCAAGAAGACAGUGGAGGCCUUCACAGCAGCCCUGCAGACUCAGUGGAGCUGGAUCCUCCAGCUGUGUUGUUGCAUCGAGGCUCACCUCAAAGAGAACACAACGUACUACCAGUUCUUCUCGGACGUGAAAGAGGCUGAGGAGAGGAUGAAGAAGAUGCAGGAGAUGAUGAAGAAGAAGUACAGCUGUGAUCGCUCCACUACGGCCACGCGACUAGAGGACCUGCUGCAGGAUGCUAUGGAGGAGAAGGAGCAGCUGAAUGAGUUUAAGACUCACGUGGCCGGCCUGAACAAGAGAGCCAAGACCAUAAUCCAGCUGAAGCCCCGUAACCCCACCAAGUCCAUCAAGGGUAAACUGCCCAUCCAGGCCGUGUGUGACUUCAAACAGAUGGAGAUCACCGUCCAUAAGGGUGAGGAGUGUGCUCUCAUCAACAACUCCCCACAGCCCAACAAGUGGAAGGUCCUUAACCACUCAGGCAUUGAGGCGGUGGUGCCUUCAGUCUGUUUCCUGGUUCCACCUGUCAACAAGGAGGCUAUGGACAGUGUGUCCAGUCUGGACUCUGGUCACCAGUCGAUGCUGCUCCUGUGGCAGAGAAUGCAUGUGGACAUGAAGAGCAUGCUGUCCUGGCAGUACCUGACGAGAGACAUCACACAGAUACGUAACUGGAACAUCACCAUGUUUAAGACCAUGAAGGUGGAGGAGUACAGGCUGAUUAUGAGGAACCUGGAGCUUCACUAUCAGGACUUCAUGCGUGACAGUCAGGAUUCUCAGCUGUUUGGUCCACACGACCGUAUGCAGAUCGAGGGCGACUACUCUAAGACCACACAGUACUACGACAACCUUCUGCGCUCUGUGGAGAAAGGUGAGCAGGACGAGUCGACGUGUGUGACCUACAUCACCCAGAUCAAGGACCUGCGUCUACGGAUAGAGGACUGCGAGGCUCGUACCGUGGCCCACAUCCGCAAGCCCGUGGACAAAGACCCCCUCAAAGACUGUGCCCAGAAGACCACCGACCAGAAGAAAGUCCAUGUUGAGCUUGAGGGUAUCAAGAGGAACCUGGACCAGGUGGCUGUGAAGACUGAGGAGGUCCUGAGUACCACUCCUAAGCAGUCCAGCACUGCGCCUGUCCUGCGCUCUGAACUGGAGUUCACCCUGAAGAAGAUGGACCACGCCUACAUCCUCUCCUCUGUCUAUCUAGAGAAGCUGAAGACGGUGGACGUGGUCAUCCGCAACACGCAGGGGGCCGAGGGAGUGCUGAAGAAGUACGAGCAGCGGCUGCGCGAGGUCCAAACUGUUCCCGAUGACGUCAAGGAGGUGGAGAAGUACCGCACCCAGCUCAAGAAAAUGCGUGCUGAAGCGGAGGGUGAAAAGCCUGCUUUCGAUUCCCUGGAGGGCGAGCUCGGAAAGGCGGCAGCCGUGAGCGAGAAGAUGUCUCGUGUGCACAGUGAGCGUGACGCUGAGCUGGACCACUACCGCCAUCUCCUGUCCGGUCUCCAGGACCGCUGGCAGGCUGUGUUCUCCCAGAUGGACCUGCGUCAGCGGGAGCUGGAGCAGCUGGGCCGCCAGCUGGGUUACUACAGAGAGAGCUACGACUGGCUCAUCCAGUGGAUCGGUGGCGCCAAGCAGAGGCAGGAGAAGAUCCAGGCCGUGCCCAUCAGCGACAGCAAGACUCUGAAGGAGCAACUGGCCCAGGAGAAGACACUUCUGGAAGAGAUCGAGCAAAACAAAGAGAAAGUUGACGAGUGUCAGAAAUAUGCCAAGGCGUAUAUCGACACUAUCAAGGAUUAUGAACUCCAGUUGGUGGCCUACAAAGCACAGGUGGACCCUCUCUCACCCCUGAAGAAAACCAAAAUGGAUUCUGCCUCAGAUAACAUCAUUCAAGAGUAUGUGACACUAAGAACCCGCUACAGCGAGCUGAUGACUCUGACCAGUCAGUACAUCAAGUUUAUCACCGACACACAGCGCCGGCUGGAGGACGAGGAGAAAGCUGCUGAGAAAAUGAAAGCGGAAGACAGGAAAAAAAUGGCAGAGAUGCAGGCUGAGUUAAACAAACAGAAGCAGCUAGCUGAAUCUCAUGCAAAGGCCAUUGCCAAGGCCGAGCAGGAAGCUCAAGAGCUGAAGCUCAUGAUGCAGGAGGAAGUCAGCAGGAGACAAGUUGUUUCAGUAGAUGCAGAAAAGCAAAAGCACAAUAUCCAGCUGGAACUACAUGAGCUCAAAAAUCUCUCAGAGCAGCAGAUCAAGUCCAAGAGUCAACAGGUAGAAGAAGCCAAUCAGAGCAGAGUCAAGAUUGAGGAGGAAAUCCGCAUCAUCAGGAUCCAGCUGGAGACCACUGUCAAUCAGAAGUCUACAGCUGAGGAUGAGCUCAAGCAACUCCGGGAAAAAGCUUCUGAAGCCGAGAGGCUGAGGAAGCUUGCACAGGAGGAGGCUGAGAAGCUCCGCAAACAGGUCAACGAGGAGACCCAGAAAAAACGCAAGGCAGAGGAAGAGCUCAAGUUAAAGUCUGAGGCUGAGAAGGAGGCUGCCAAGCAGAAGCAGAAGGCUCUAGAAGACCUUGAAAAGCUGAAGAUGCAGGCGGAGGAGGCGGAGAGACGCAUGAAGCAAGCUGAAGUGGAGAAGGAGAGGCAGAUCAAAGUUGCCCAGGAGGUGGCACAGAAGAGUGCUGCAACCGAACUCCAGAGUAAACGCAUGUCCUAUGUUGAAAAGACAUCAAAGCUGGAGGAAUCACUCAAACUAGAGCAUGUCACAGUCAUCCAGCUGCAGGAGGAGGCAGCUCGUCUCAAGAAGCAACAGGAAGAGGCUGAUAUGGCCAGGGAGGAGGCGGAGAAGGAGUUAGAGAAAUGGAGGCAGAAGGCCAAUGAGGCACUCCGCUUGAGGCUCCAGGCUGAGGAAGAAGCUCACAAAAAGAGCCGUGCCCAGGAGGAUGCCGAGAAACAGAAGGAGGAUGCUGAGCGUGAGGCCAGGAAGAGGGCUAAAGCUGAGGAGUCCGCACUGAAACAGAAAGAUAUGGCAGAGCAAGAGCUGGAGAGGCAGAGGAGGCUAGCUGAGGGAACUGCUCAACAGAAACUCUCAGCAGAACAGGAGUUAAUCCGGCUAAGGGCAGACUUCGAACAUGCUGAGCAACAGAGAUCCCUGCUUGAUGACGAGCUGUACCGCCUGAAGAAUGAAGUCAGUGCAGCUGAGCAGCAAAGGAAACAGCUCGAAGAUGAACUGGCCAAAGUGAGGAGUGAAAUGAAUGUACUCCUGCAGCUAAAGUCCAAAGCAGAAAAGGAUAGCAUGUCCAACACUGAGAAGAGCAAACAGCUCCUCGAAUCUGAAGCUGCAAAAAUGAGGGACCUUGCUGAGGAGGCAGGCAAACUUAGAUCCAUUGCUGAGGAAGCCAAGCGACAAAGGCAAGUUGCUGAGCAAGAGGCAGCUCGUCAAAGAGCAGAAGCUGAAAGGAUCCUCAAGGAGAAGCUUACUGCCAUUAAUGAGGCAACUCGUAUGAAGACUGAAGCAGAAAUUGCCCUCAAAGAAAAAGAGGCUGAGAAUGAGCGACUCAGACGACAAGCUGAGGAUGAAGCUUACCAGAGGAAAGCUCUGGAGGACCAGGCCAGCCAGCACAAGCAAGAUAUUGAAGAAAAGAUCAAUCAACUCAAGAAGUCAUCUGAGAAUGAGUUGGGAAGACAAAAGACACUUGUCGAUGAAACUCUCAAGCAGAGACGAGUGGUUGAGGAGGAAAUUCGCAUUCUCAAGCUAAACUUUGAGAAAGCCUCAUCUGGCAAGCUUGAUUUGGAGCUGGAGUUGAAUAAACUGAAAAACAUUGCAGAGGAAACACAGCAGAGUAAACUCCAAGCUGAAAAAGAGGCUGAGAAACACAGGAAACUUGCCCUGGAGGAGGAGAAACGCAGGCGCGAAGCAGAGGAAAAAGUAAAAAAGAUCACUGCUGCAGAGGAAGAAGCAGGCAGACAGUGCAAAAAUGCACAGGAGGAAGUGGAGCGCCUCAAAAAGAAAGCAGAUGAAGCCAAAAAGCAGAAAGAGGAUGCUGACAAGGAAGCAGAGAGACAGAUUCUCGUAUCCAAACAAGCAGCACAAAAAUGCAAUGCAGCAGAACAGCAAGUUCAGACUGUCCUUGUCCAACAGAAGGAGGACAACCUUAUGCAGAAACAGCUCAAGGGAGAGUAUGAGAAAGCAAAGAUGCUUGCAAAACAGGCAGAGCUUGCCAAGGAAAAGGCAGAGAAGGAGGCUGCUCUUCUCCGGCAACAAGCAGAGGAUGCAGAACGCCAAAAACAGGCCGCUGAACUCGAAGCUGCCAACCAAGCCAAAGCUCAAGAGGAAGCCGUAAAAUUGAGAAAGGAGGCAGAGUUCGAAGCUGCCAAGCGAGCACAGGCUGAGGCUGAUGCAAUCAAACAGAAACAACAAGCAGAUGCUGAGAUGGCAAAGCACAAAAAGCUUGCAGAGCAAACAGUGAGUCAAAAGUCUCAGGUAGAGAAAGAGCUCGCAAAGGUCAGGCUUCAGCUGGAUGAAACUGACAAGCAAAAAUCUGUUUUAGACGAGGAGCUGCAGCGCUUAAAGGACGAAGUCGGUGAUGCGGUCAAGCAGAAGGCCCAGGUGGAAGAGGAGUUAUUCAAAGUCAAGAUUCAGAUGGAGGAGCUGGUCAAACUGAAACUCAGAAUUGAGCAGGAGAACCAGCGUCUUAUCAAAAAGGACAAGGAUAACACUCAGAAAUUCCUGGCUGAGGAAGCUGAGAACAUGAAGGAGCUUGCAGAGGAAGCUGCCAGACUCAGUGUGGAAGCCCAAGAGGCUGCACACAUGAGACAAAUCGCUGAAUCUGACCUCUCCCAACAGAGGGCACUUGCAGAGAAGAUGCUAAAGGAGAAGAUGCUUGCCAUUCAGGAAGCAUGUCAACUGAAAGCAGAGGCUGAGAUGCUCCAAAGACAGAAGGACCUGGCUCAAGAGCAGGCCCAGAAGCUGCUUGAGGAUAAACAACUGAUGCAGCAGCGUCUUGAGGAAGAGACUGAGGGCUUCCAGAAAUCCUUGGAAGCUGAGCGCAGGAGACAGCUGGAGAUCACCGCCGAAGCUGAGAACCUCAAAGUGAAAGUGUCCCAACUUAGUGAUGCUCAGUCCAAAGCAGAGAAUGAGGCCAAGAAAUUCAAGAAGCAAGCAGAUGAGAUCAGUGCCCGUCUUCAUCAGACAGAGCUAGCGACUAAAGAAAAAUUUACCUUUGUGGAGACACAGAGACUGAGCAGCAACAACGAGGCUGAUGAGCUACGCAAAGCCAUCGCUGAUCUAGAGAAGGAGAAGGCCAAACUGAAAAAGGAGGCUGAAGACCUACAGAAUAACUCUAAAGAGAUGGUCAAUGCUCAGCAGAAACAAAUCCAACGCGAGAAGACAGUACUCCAGCAGACAUUCGUCACAGAGAAGGCGGAACUGUUGAAGAAGGAGAAACAAAUUGAAGAGGAGAAGAAGAAGCUGGAGAACCAGUUUGAGGAGGAGGUCAAGAAGGCCAAGGCCCUCAAGGAAGAACAGGACCGCCAGAGGAAACAAAUGGAGCAGGAGAAGGAUAAACUCCAGGCUACCAUGGAUGCUGCCCUCAACAAACAAAAAGAGGCUGAGAAAGAAAUGCUCAACAAGCAAAAAGAGAUGCAGGAGCUUGAAAGGAAAAGACUUGAACAGGAAAAGCUGCUUGGCGAGGAGAACAAGAAACUUCGUGAGAAACUGCAGCAGCUCGAGGUCGCCCAUAAAGAGCCCGUCUCCCACACCAGAGAAAUCGAUAUCCAGACUGACGAUGUGCCUGAGGAUGAACUGAUCCAUAUGACCAUGGUGGAGACAACAAAGCAGGUUAUCAAUGGCCAAAGUGUUGGGAAUGAGGUUGACAGUAAGAAGGAUGCAUUGUCUUUUGAUGGCAUCCGCGAGAAAGUACCUGCACGCAGACUUUAUGAAGUUGGCCUUUUGACAAAAAAGGAGUUCGAUAAGCUGAAGAAAGGCAAAGCCACUGUGCAAAACCUUAGCCAAACUGACAAGUUAAGAACAAUUCUGCAGGGCAAUAACUGUAUAGGGGGUGUCUUGACACAGUCUAAUCAGAAAAUGGCAAUAUAUCAAGCUAUGAAAGAAAAGAAAAUUACUCCUAGCUGGGCUUUGAUCCUCCUGGAGGCACAGGCAGCAUCUGGCUAUGUAAUAGACCCAGUUAAAAACAAGAAACUCUCUGUCAGUGAGGCUGUGAAGGAAGGCCUGAUCGGACCUGAACUGCACAACACAAUGCUGUCUGCUGAGAGAGCUGUCACUGGUUACAAAGACCCUUACACCGGUAACACGAUCUCACUCUUUGAAGCUAUGAAGAAGGGCUUGAUUGACAGAGACCAUGCCAUUAGGCAGCUUGAGGCUCAGAUAGCUACUGGUGGACUCAUUGACCCCAUAAACAGCCACCGUGUGCCCAUCGAGACUGCAUACAAACAGGGGCAGUUUGACACAGAGAUGAACAAGAUACUGGAGGACCCUUCGGAUGACACCAAGGGAUUCUUCGAUCCUAACACCCAGGAGAACUUAACAUACUUUCAGCUAAUGCAGAGAUGCAACACAGAUCCGGAGACAGGACUACUGCUCCUGCCCAUCACUGACAAGGCUGCUCUGAGCACGUCAACCUACACAGAGCAGGAGACCAAGGAUGUGUUCAGCAAGACGACUGUCUCUGUGCCAUUUGGAAAAUUCAAAGGGAAGACUGUAACUAUCUGGGAAAUCAUCAAUUCUGAGUACUUUACCGAGGACCAGAGAAAGGACCUUAUUCGUCAGUACAAGACAGGAAAGAUCACAGUGGAAAAAAUCAUCAAGAUUGUUAUCACUAUGGCAGAGGAAAAGGACAAAAAGAAUGAAAUCGCCUUUGAGGGUCUGAGGGGAACAGUCCUUGCUACUGAACUACUGGAGUCCAAGAUAAUCGACAAAGAUCUUUACAACAAGCUGCACACAGGCAAUAAAACAAUCAAAGAGGUGUCUGAAAUGGAGCCUGUUCAGAAAUCCUUGAAGGGUACAAACUGCAUUGCAGGUGUAGUUAUUGACUCAACUAAGGAGACUAUGUCUUUCUAUCAAGCCAUGAAGAAGGAUAUGAUGAGGGUAGGGCCUGCUUUAACUCUGCUGGAAGCACAAGCAGGAACAGGAUUUGUUGUUGAUCCUAUAAAGAAUCAGAAGUACACUGUCGAUGAAGCUGUGAAAGCAACUGUCAUUGGUCCUGAGCUGCAUGAAAAAUUACUGUCAGCUGAAAGAGGUGUUACAGGCUACAAAGAUCCUUACACGGGAAAGACUGUGUCUUUGUUCGAAGCAAUGAAGAAAGAACUCAUUCCAAAGGAUCAGGGCAUCAGACUCCUAGACGCGCAGCUUGCAACAGGAGGCAUCAUUGAUCCAGUGAAAAGCCACCGCAUCCCACAUGAUGUUGCCUGUAAACGAGGCUUCUUUGAUGAUGAAAUGAACCAGAUUCUGAAAAAUCCAACUGAUGAUGUUAAAGGCUACUUUGACCCCAACACACAGGAAAAUGUCACAUACUCACAGCUAUACAAGAGAUGUGUCACUGACAAGAAAUCUGGCCUUCAGCUUCUACCUCUGUCUGAGCAAGCAAUCAAUGCGAAGGAAGAACAUGCAUACACAGAGGUCCAAACCAAAGAGGCCAUGGGCCAAGCAACAAUGGAGCUGCAGUCUGGUCCACUCAAAGGGAAGAAACUCACUAUCUGGGAAAUGAUCCACUCUGAAUAUAUUACAGAGGAACAGAGAAUUGACCUGAUGAGGCAGUAUAGGUCUGGAACGAUUACAAUAGAAAAGAUCAUCACGAUUGUGAUCACCAUUGUAAACGAGAAAGAGGCUAAGAAACAAGAGCAAGACAGCUUCAAAGGGCUUAGAGCACCUGUCUCUGCCAAGUCACUGUUUGAUUCCAAAAUCAUUGACAAAGCUACGUUUGACAUGCUCCAACAAGGCAAAAAGACACCUACACAGGUCAGUGAAAAUGUCAAUGUAAGCAAGUACCUGCAGGGCUCUGACAGUAUUGCUGGUGUCUACCUUGAACCGACAAAGGAGAAGAUCAGCAUCUAUCAAGCAAUGAAGAAAAAUCUUCUGAGACACAACACUGGCCUGUCACUUCUAGAGGCCCAAGCUGCCACAGGGUUCAUUAUAGAUCCAGUGAAGAACCAGUACCUGUCAGUGGAUGAUGCCGUUAAAGCAGGCAUUGUCGGCCCUGAGCUACAUGAGAAACUGCUUGCUGCUGAAAAAGCGGUCACUGGUUACAAAGAUCCCUUCACAGGCAAAACAAUCUCUCUCUUCCAAGCAAUGGAAAAAGAUCUAAUCAUUAAGGAGCAUGUCAUGCCACUCAUGGAGGCCCAACUGAGUUCAGGAGGAAUCAUUGAUCCUGUGAACAGCCACCGCGUUCCUAUUGACGUUGCCUAUCAGAAGAGCCUUUUCAGCAAAGAAAUGACACACACCUUCUCAGAACCAUCUGACAAUAACAAAGCUUUCUCAGACCCAAAUUCAGAUGAAAAAGUAACAUACAAACAGCUGAAAGAGAAGUGCACUAGAGAUCCUGAUUCAGGCAUGAACCUUUUAACACUUUCCAAGCCACAGGCCCCUACUGUGGUGGAGAAGACAUACCUCUACACGGAGGAACAGACGCAGAAUGACCUGACCACAACCAAAAUUGACCUCCCCAGUUCACUUGAGUCCCUUGCUGGAGGCUCAAAAAGUCUCUGGGACAUCAUGAACUCAAAUCUACUUCCUGAGCAAGAGAGAAAGAAGCUGAUGGAGGAGUAUCGCUCAGGCAGUAUCACUAAAGAGCGCAUGAUCAUCAUCAUUAUUGAGAUUAUGGAGCAGAGAGAGAUCAUCAGAGGUGAAACUGUUAAGUCCUGCAACACAAUCAGACGUAGGGUCACAAUCGAGGAGCUCUACAAUUCCCGUAUCAUUGACCUGGAGACAUUCAACCUGCUGAAGCAAGACAAAAGAAACAUCCGUGACAUUAUGGAGAUGCAGAGUGUGAAGCAGUAUCUGUUUGGCACGGGUUGCGUUGCUGGUGUUAUGUCUGACUCCACUUCCAAGAUGAGCAUUUAUUCGGCGAUGAAGAGAGGGUUCUUGAAGCCUGAAAUUGCCCUUAGUCUCCUGGAAGCACAAGCAGCAACAGGAUUCAUAAUUGAUCCUGUCAGAAACGAGACACUCACUGUUGAUGAGGCUGUCCGCAAGAGUGUGGUCGGCCCUGAGAUCCACGACAGACUUCUGUCAGCUGAGAGAGCGGUCACAGGCUACAAGGACCCUUACAGUGGCAAAAUCAUAUCUCUCUUCCAAGCAAUGAAAAAGGACCUUGUUCUGGAGGAUUAUGCUCUGAAAAUGUUGGAGGCUCAGACUGCCACAGGAGGCAUUAUGGAUCCGGAAUUCUACUUCCACCUCCCAGCAGACAUUGCCACACAGAGAGGAUACAUCAACAAGGAAACAAAUAAAAGGCUUGCUGAUGACGUAAAGGGAUUUGUUGACCCUGUCACUGAGGAGAACGUUUCUUAUGCCCAAUUACUCAAGAGGUGCAAGAUUGACCCUACCAAUGGGAUGCGCUUGCUGUCACUGGGAGACAAGAGACUGAUGUUCAAAGGUCUUAGAAAACAGAUCACCAUAGAGGAGAUGUUACGCUCUCAGAUCAUCGACCAACAGACAGUCAAUGAGCUGAAUGAAGGACUGAUUUCAGUGGAAGAGGUUAGCCGUAGACUCCAAAAAUACCUUGAGGGCACAAGCUGUAUCGCUGGUGUUUAUGUAGAGGGAACAAAUGACCGUCUAUCAAUCUACCAAGCCAUGAAAAAGAACAUGAUCAGACCAGGAACUGCCUUUGAACUGCUUGAGGCUCAGGCUGCCUCAGGCUAUGUAAUUGACCCAAUCAAAAAUCUCAAACUUACUGUCAAUGAAUCUGUCAAGAUGGGAAUAGUGGGGCCAGAAUUCAAAGACAAACUUCUCUCUGCUGAGCGUGCCGUGACAGGUUACAGAGACCCCUAUUCCGGCAAGACAAUCUCUCUGUUCCAGGCCAUGAAGAAGGGGCUCAUCUUAAAAGACCAUGGAAUACGUCUCCUUGAGGCUCAGAUUGCCACUGGCGGAAUCAUUGACCCAGAGGAGAGUCAUCGCUUGCCAGUGGAGGUGGCCUACAACCGUGGCCUCUUCGACGAGGAAAUGAAUGAGAUUCUCACAGAUCCAUCAGAUGACACCAAGGGUUUCUUCGAUCCCAACACUGAGGAGAACCUGACUUACCUCGGGCUAAUGGAGAGGUGCAUCACUGACCCAGCUACUGGCCUUGUCCUCCUGCUCCUGAAGGAGAAGAAGCGCGAGAGAAAGACCUCCUCCAAAUCCUCUGUCCGCAAACGCCGAGUAGUCAUCGUGGACCCAGAUUCAGGCAAAGAGAUGACUGUCUAUGAGGCAUUUAGAAAGCAGCUCAUUGACCAUCAGACCUACCUAGAGCUUUCUGAGCAGGAGUGUGAGUGGGAAGAGAUCACGCAGACAUCCUCUGAUGGCGUUGUCAAGUCAAUGAUCAUCGACAGACGGUCAGGAAGACAGUAUGACAUUGAUGACGCCCUCGCACGAGGCCUCAUCGACCAGACUUCACUUAGUACAUACCGCUCCGGAAACCUGUCAAUCACUGAGUUUGCUGACAUGCUGUCUGGAAACAUGGGUGGCUUCCGCUCCCGGUCAUCCUCUUUUGGUUCCACCUCUGGUUCCACCUCAUCAUCAUACAAUGCCAUGAGCCCCAUACCCUCCAUUAGACCCCCUGCAAUCAUUUGGAAUGACCCCACAGAGGAGACUGGCCCUGUAGCCGGAAUCCUGGAUACAGACACUUUGGAGAAGGUGUCAGUCACAGAGGCCAUGCACAGGAACCUUGUGGACAAUAUCACAGGCCAAAGAUUACUUGAGGCACAAGCCUGCACAGGGGGCAUAAUCGACCCGACUACUGGGGAACGAUUCGCUGUUACUGAGGCAACCGAGAAAGGACUUGUGGACAAGGUGAUGGUGGACCGUAUCAACCUGGCUCACAAAGCUUUCAAUGGAUUUGAGGACCCAAGAACCAAAGUGAAGAUGUCUGCCUCCCAAGCUCUAAAGAAAGGCUGGCUGUAUUAUGAAGCUGGGCAACGUUUUCUGGAAGUCCAAUACCUUACGGGGGGGCUGAUUGAACCGGAUGUUGAGGGCAGAGUCUCACUGGACGAAUCCAUCAGAAAGGGCACAAUUGAUGCUCGCACUGCUCAGAAGCUGAGAGAUGUGAGUGCUUACUCCAAAUACCUGACGUGUCCCAAAACCAAACUAAAAAUCUCCUACAAAGAUGCCAUGGAUAGAAGCAUGGUUGAGGAAGGAUCUGGCCUGCGACUGCUGGAGGCCUCCUCACAGUCAAGCAAAGGGCUGUACAGCCCAUACAAUGCCAGCAAUUCUGGGUCUGCCGCUGGCUCCAGGUCCGGGUCCAGGACUGGAUCCAGAACAGGAUCCAGAAGAGGCAGCUUUGAUGCUACAGGUUCCGGUUUCACCAUGAACUUCUCAUCCUCUUCCUACACCAGCUCCAGCAGUUACGGUGGCCGCAAAUAUGAUGCAGGACCUCAUAAUGGGCUCAACAUGGAUGAGCUAGCUCAAGCCCUUACGGCUCUAGCAAUGAUCAGGCCAUGCAGCUCAGAAGAACAACGAGCCUUCCCCAUGAUGAUACCAAUGCAUAUCACGGUUGAAGAAAGGGGGAGUGUGUACGGAUUGGCAACACUCACAUCCAAGGAACAGAGCUCUGGGAGGGAGUCAGAGGAGUGGAGCCAAUGGCAGGGGGAGUUCAGAGGUCAAAUCCGAGCCCUGCGACACUGGCUGAAGAGCAUGGAGAUGAGGCUACCUCCUCUGGACCAUAUGGUUGUCCACAUCUCCUUUGUGGUGGCCAGGAUGAUGCCUGGCUUCCUAUCCUCACGAUCACUGAUCUCAGCUGUUUUGUGCAGUGUGCUCAGGAGGAUCACAUUUUUGUUCCUCUUUGGGAGGAUUAUGGGUAAUCUGAUCAGCCGGCCCAGCUGCCUGGGCCAGAAGUCCAAGCAGGUGAGGUCCGACGAGGACUUCCUGAAAGAGUGCUACCAGCGGCGCCGCGAAUGGCAAGCGCCACCCCUGACGCACCAUGGGGAGGCCAGGCGGGAGGAGGUGGUCAGAGAGAGGGAGGAGGAGGAGGAGGAGGAGGAGGAGAGGGUGACAGACAGGACAAAGGAGGAUGAGGUGGAGGAUGAGGUGUCUCACAGCAACACCCCUCCCUCGGACAAACCCCUCAGGACCAACCCCUCCCCCACCCCCACGGUCACCACCAUCAGUACUCUGGACAAUGCCUGGCAAGGCACCCCCUCCCCUAUCAAGACAUCCAGGAACAGCACCCUGACCAGGAAGGCUGUGGUCCAAGAGAUCCCCCAUGGGAGAUCCCCUCUAGCCCAGCCUGGCUCAGUCCCAGGCUCAGCGGAGAGGAGGGCCAGCUUCCAGAGGAGAGACUCCAGAGAAGGAAGUCUCCAGAGGAGAGACUCUAGAGAGGGCAGCCCCUGGUCCUGGAAGACCUUGGCCUCCCACGAGGUCACGGAGGUGACGGAAGUGACAGAGACAGUUGUGACAGAAAUUGUGGAGGUGACGGAGUACCCUUCUGGAGAGAAGGGCGGAGAUCCCAUAGUCACCAGGACUGUUAGGGUUCUGACUGGAGCAGCUGAGGAACUCGCUGAGCUACAUAGCGACGGACAUUCUAGUUCAGACCAAGAUUCCAGCCUGGACCGUUGGAGGGGAAUGAGAUCUGCCUUGAGUCUGAGAGAUGAUUUUGCAGAUUCUGAAACGUUCCAUCAAUCACUGGAAGCACUGUUGACCUGGGUCUGUGAGAUAGAGGAGCUGACAGCCAAUCAGAAGCCUCAAUCUUCAGAGGUCAAAGUGGUGAAAGCACAGCUACAAGAGCAGAAGCUCCUGCAGCGCCUCCUGGAGGACCGGAGGCAUAGUAUGGAGACCAUGAUGCUGGAGGGCCCUCAUAUGGCCGAGGCCUUCCCAGGCAAGGAGGGGGAGCAGGCCAAGGUCCAGCUUUCCACGCUCAGACACAAAUGGGAGGCCUUACUGGUAGAUGCAGUGAACAGGCGGGGCAGUCUGGAGCUCAUCCUGCCCAGGGCCAAGCUCUUCCAGGAGAGGGUGGACAGCCUGCAGCAAUGGCUCAUCUCUGUGGAGCAGGACCUGGCCGAGCUACGCAAUGUUGAGAGGGAAAUGCUACACCUCCCCGAGGGUACGGAGAAAGCCAAGGCUGUGGCGGAAGAGAUCAAGGCGAAAAACGCUGACUUGGUGAAAAUUCAACAGAGUGGUCAUGAUCUCAAGGAGAUGAUUUCAGAGGAGGAAGCCCAGCAGGUGCAGGAGCGUGUGGACAGCCUGAGGAUACGCUGCUCGGUGUUGAGCCUGACUAGUGGUGACGUGCUGCAGAGACUGGAGCAGGCCCUGGAGGCAUCCAGCCGCUGCACCUCCAGCCAGGAAGACCUCCACCUGUGGCUGGGCCGCAUCGAGAGGGAACUGCUGGGGCCUGCUGGGGGGCAGACUGGGGGUGGAGACACAGUGCUCUGUGCUGCAGAGAGACAGAGGUUGGAGCAGGCUGUGGUGAAGGAGAUGGCCUGGUUCAGAGACACUGCCCUGAGCCUGGAGCAACUCAAAGCUAUUACUCUGGAGCCUGAGCAUAUCUCUGCCCAACUCUAUGAACAGAAGAUCCUCGCGGUGGAGAUUCUGCAACACAAGUUCAACAUUGAGAAGAUGGUGAAGAUCGCUGAAAUCUUGCAGACAUACGGUGAUGAAGGGGAAAUAGGGGACCUGCAGAUCCCGUUGGAUGCCUUACAGGAACAAUGCAACACCACGUCAGCCACCAACUCCCAUGUGGUCUUGCAGCUGGAGCAUGCCCAGUCCCUCUUGGUCCAGUUCACUGAGGGCCUUGCUGAGGUGUCACCGUGGCUACAGGAAACCCAAGCGCUCAUUGGCCAGCUCUCCCUGAGCACCAUUAGCUACAAGGCUUUCCGAGAACAACAGGACCUCUUACAGGGCCUAAGGGAGUCCAUAGCAGAGCAUAGACCUCUGAUAGCACGGCUGUGCUCGCUGGGGAAACGUCUGUCAGAGCUUAGUCCCGCCCAGGGGAAGGAGUUAUGUCAUACCGCCACAGAGCUUAAGGAGCAGCACAGGGCCAUCAGGGACAGGGUCAGAGAGGCUGCCAAUCUACUGGAAGAGUCCCUGCCCAGAUACACACAGUUGAAUGAGAGGAUGACGCUGAUUAGAGAGAGUCUGGAUGGUCUGCUUGGUCACAUGCAGUCCCCAGCCUCUCUGCAGGGUCAGACCCCACGCAUCCAGGAGCAGCUACAGGACAACAAGCACACUCUGGCUGAGCUCUCCAAGCUGGAACUGGGCCUAGGGAGUAUAGGGACCCAGGCUGAUGAGCUCCUGGCCAACACACAGGCAGCUGGGGACGCCUCCAUCGGUACAGCAAUCCAGGAGCGGGUGUCCAGCCUGACUCAGCUGUGGGAGGAGGCUCAGAGGCAGGCUCAGGAGAGAGAUGGCUGGCUGCUCAACCUGCUGGACCUGGCUCUCAAGUUCUGGAGCGAUGUUAGUGAUGUGACGGCCGGCCUGUACGAUGCCCAACAGGCUGUCCUGGACCUGAACGCCAGCAGGACAGACUCAGAGACCAUCCGCCAGAGCCUGGAGACUAUGCAGACACUCAGGGAGGACAUCGACAGUCUACAGGGGGACCUGGACACGCUUGGCAUUCUGGGAAUGGACCUGAUGUCAGCAUGUGGGGAUACAGACAAACCUGAUGUCACCAAGAGCUUAGAUGAGCUCUACUGCACAUGGAACAACCUGAGUAAACUCUGGAGUGAGUGUCACAAAACACUGGAGGAAUCUUUACAGAUGGCUCUACAUUACCAGGACACCAUGCAGGGGCUUUUCGAGUGGCUCAAGUCAGCAGAGCUGAGAUCCACAGAGGAGUUCUUGGUAGGAACUGACCUGGAGUCAGUCAAAGAGCAGCUGUGUGACCUCAAGGAGUUUAAACGGGAGCUAUACCAGAAGAAGAUCGAGAUGGAGAGCCUGAACCACCGCUUUGUGUGCAGGCUGUCUCCAGGCUCUGAGCGUCCCGGAUCUGUUUCUCCCCUGUGUGACUUCAGACAGCGCUGGGACAGCCUGGAGGCAGAGACUGUCAGCAGACAGCAUCAGCUGGAGUGUUCCCUGCUGGGUCUGGGUCAGUUUCAGAACACUCUGGAUGAGCUGCACACCUGGCUCUCCCACACAGCCGACCUCCUCCAGGGCAGUCGGCCAAUCAGCAUCGACCUGCAGGCAUGCGAGAUAGAGCUGGCCAAACACAAGGUGCUGCGUAAUGACGUCAUGUCCCACGUGCGUACGGUGGAGUCUUUGAACCAGGCGGGGCGGGGCCUAUUGGAGGUGGGGACUGGGGACAGCCCUCACGGUCUGCACCCACAGCUGGAGCAGCUGAAUGAACGCUGGGAGUUUGUCCGCUGUGAGACAGAGCGCAGACAGCUGGAGCUGGAGAACAACCUCAGUCAGGUCCAAGAUGUUACAAUGGAGAUCCAGGAUCUUCUUCAGUGGUUGGAAAACACAGACCUGAGGCUGUCCUCCAGUAAGACAGUGUGGGGGAUGCCUGACUUUGCCAGCGAGAGGCUCAACGCACAUCUGGAGCUAUGUAACGAGAUGGACUCCAAGCUCCAUGCCUACACAGAUGUGAGGAACGCCAUCCGCAGGAUGUUGGAGAGCGGCAACGUGACCCGGGGCUCCAGCACAGAACACAGCCUCUGUAUCCUGGAGCAGAAGUGGACUACCGUCUAUGGGAAAGUACAGGACCGUAAGGCUAAGCUAACCGAAGGGUUGAGCCUGGCAAAGGAGUUCCACUGUAAUGUCCAGGAGCUGCUGACCAGGAUGACCAAGUAUGAGGAGGCCAUAGGAGACCUGCCUGCCCCCAGCUUCGUCCUGGACACAGUCUGUGGCCAGCUUCAAGAACACCGGGUGUGUGUGUGUGUGUGUGUGUGUGUGUGUGUGUGUGUGUGUGUGUGUGUCUGUCUGUCUGUCUGUCUGUCUGUCUGUCUGUCUGUCUGUCUGUCUGUCUGUCUGUCUGUCUGUCUGUCUGUCUGUCUGUCUGUCUGUCUGUCUGUCUGUCUGUCUGUCUGUCUGUCUGUCUGUCUGUCUGUCUGUCUGUCUACUCUGGUGGGUGAGGUGAACUGCUACGGUGAGAAGAAGACGGUGGUGGAGACUGCAGGCUCCAGGCUGACCGAGCUGAGCAGGAAGGAGGACUGUGACGUGGUUCACAACCUGAUCAUGACCGUACAGGACCGCUACAGGAAACUUCACCAGUGCACCACAGAGAGGGGCCGAACACUAGAGGACGUCAAGAAGAAUGCAAAACAGUUCAGUGAAUCUUGGCGCCUCCUAGUGGACUGGAUGACUGAGGUGGAGCAGACGCUGGACACACAUAAAGAGAUCGCCGCGGACCACGAGGAAAUUAAACUGCAGCUCACCGAACAGAAGGACUUCCAGAAGCUUCUGCGCUCGAAGCGACCUAUGUACGAGGCCACUCUAAAGAGUGGGCGGGGCCUCCAUGAGAGGUCCCAGAGCGCCCAGGACAGACAGCACCUGGAGAACCUGCUCUCUGAGCUCCGGGACUCAUGGGAUACCAUCAGUGGCAAAUCCAUGGAAAGGCAACACAAACUGGAGGAGGCACUGCUGUUUUCAGGCAGAUUCACAGACGCCCUUCAAGCCUUGAAUGACUGGUUAUACAGAGCAGAGCCACAGCUGGCUGAAGACGUACCUGUCAGUGGGGAAAAAGACAUGGUCAACAAUCUGAUCGACAAGCACAAGGUGUUCCAGAAGGAGUUGGGGAAGCGAGCCGGGUGCAUUAGGACUCUGAAGCGCUCGGUGAGGGACCUGACCAGGAGCAGCACUGCUGAUGCCCAUUGGUUGCAAGAGCAGAUGGACGAAUUGGAGGGACGCUGGGAGGAUGUGUGUAAACUGUCCGUAUCCAAGCAGGCCAGGCUGGAGGCAGCCCUUCAACAGGCUGAGAAGUUUGACAGGCUGGUCCACUCCUUCCUGGAGCAUCUGGCGGAGGCAGAGAGGGUGCUGAAGUACGGGGUCAUCCCUGAGGAGGAGGAAGCUCUGCUGGCCUUUCGCAAACAACAUGAGGAGUCAAUCACUUCCCUGAGCUUCCAGGAGAUGGAGCUAGAGAGCAUCCAGUGUCUGAGUGAGGAAAUCUUGUCCUCUUGUCACCCAGACUCCAUCAUCACACUCAAGUCCUGGAUCAGCGUCACCAAGACCCGCUACGAAGAGGUGCAGACUUGGGCCCAGCAGCAGGGCCAGAGGAUCCAGGCCAACCUGUCUGCUCUGGAGGAUGAGCGGGAGAAUCUGCAGCUCCUACUGGACUGGAUCUCAUCCGCCGAGGAGGCCCUCGACCUCAGAGACCAGGAGCCACCGGCUGAGAGCAUAGAACACAACCAGGAACUCAUCGUCCAACACAUGGUAUUAAUGGAGGAGCUGAACCGAAAACUACCAGAUGUAGAACAUGCCACAAAAUCCUGCAAACAGAAGCUGAUCCCCAAACAGCAGGCUUCGCCGUGCCGCAAGGCACUGACAAAGAGGAGGAGCACUCUGAAACUCCAGCCUAUAGUAAUCCCUCUCCCCCUGGAGAACCUGAACCCUCAGACCCCUCAGCUGCGUCAGCUGGUCAGCCACUGGCAGAAACUCUGGCUCCUGGCUCUGGCCAGACAGGGCCGCCUAGAGCAGCACGAGCAGAGACUCCAAGAGAUGGAGGAAUUUGCAAACUUUGACUUCAACGUCUGGCGAAAGCGCUACAUGCAGUGGAUCAGCCACCUCAAGUCUCGGAUCCUAGAUGUGUUCCGAAACAUCGACAGGGACCAGGACGGACGAAUCAGCAAGAAGGAGUUAAUCGACAAUGUCCUGGCAUCCAAAUUCCCCACCAACUCCCUGGAGAUGAAUGCAGUGGCCAAUAUCUUUGACAUGAAUGGGGACGGCUUCAUUGACUACUAUGAGUUUGUGAGUGCCCUCCAUCCCAGCCGGGAUCCCUACAGGAGGACGCUAGAUGCAGAUCAGAUCAACGAGGAGGUGAGUCGACAGGUGUCUCAGUGCAACUGUCCCAAGAGGUUCCAGGUGGAGCAGAUCAGUGCCAACCGCUACAGGUUUGGGGAUUCCCAACAGUUGCGGAUGGUGCGUAUCCUGCGCAGUACCCUGAUGGUACGAGUGGGAGGAGGUUGGACAGCACUGGAUGAAUUCCUGGUCAAGAAUGACCCUUGUAGAGUGAAAGGUCGGACGAACCUAAAGAUAAAGGAGAAGUAUUUAUUCGACAACUCCCAGAAAGGAGGCUCGUCUAAAACCCUGACGGUCAGCAGGUCCAACUCCAGCCUGAGUCUCUACAGCAGCGCCUCGGCUCCAAGCAGCCCUCUAACACGCAAAGCCUUACUGCGGAGGAGUCUCUCAGGCGACCGCUGCAUCCGGCCCAGGAGCUCCAUAGCUGCUCUGGGGUCAGAUCUACAGUUCUCCACUGCGGAUGAGGAUUCUCUUUCGCAAUCAGAGGAAGCUGAAAGACUGCCCACAUGAUGAGGAAGGUAUGUCCACAAUGCGCAUCAUGUGAACACUACAGUGAUGAGCUCCACUACAGCCUUGGGGUCCAGAGAGAGAGAGAGAGAGACCAACAAGACAAGGCCUCAGUCACAAGCCCAUAGACUGCCACUAAGGGGAACUCCAUAAUCUUCAGAAGUGAUACAAAAGGGCCUGAUUCUCUAUUUGACACUGUGUUUGUAGGCUCUGUGAAGAGCCUCUGAUUGUUCAGCUAGGGAUAUGGACAUGACCUCUGACCUAAACCUGGACAUAUCCCACUACACUCCUCUCUGAGUCAUUGUAUUGAUAUAGUCGUCAUUUCGAUCAUCUAUAUCAAUAUGCAACUUCAACACUGGUUUUCCGAAUAUGACAGAGUCCGAGGAUGGAGAUACUGGAACAGUCUGCACGGAUACACAUUGCAUGACGGUUAUCAGUAUAGAUUACAAUCUAGCUUCAAUAUUUGUUUCACCCUGUGCCCUUAUAAUGAUAUCAGGGCAGGCUGCAAUCAAGCAACGAUGAGGCCUGAAGCUAAAUCACAAAACUCCACAAGGACAAACACGUGUAUUAGCAGAAACUGGAUUUUCAUUUUUGAAGCUAUAUAAAGUCAGGAUUUCAUCAGCGACUGUCAUAAUUAGUUCCUUUAUGUUAUUGUGUGUAGUGCAUUUCUCCUUCUAAAGAAGUGUGUCUGUAAAAUGCGCUCACAUGCAAAUAUGUGAAGGUGUGCUAGUAUGCCCUGUGUUUAGUAACAAGACACAGACCGUCCAAAAGAUGACUCCAAAAAAACCUACACAGCCAAUGAAUGGUUCCAUCAUCUUUCACCGUGGUAAUUAUUUUUCCACGACAUAAUAGCAAAACACUAGCUUGGUCCCAGAUCUGCUUGUACUGUUUCGCCAACAACGUCCAUAGUAGUUGGCAAGCGAGCACAAACAGAUCUGGGGCCAGGCUAAGGAAACACUGCUGGCGGGGCCCACAUUGCUAUUUCGUGUUGUCACUUUAACCUGAACUGAUGCUUCACUGUUAAAGAUUUAUUUUUGACAUCCUGUUCAAGUAUUGUUUUAAAUGCUACAUUUUAAGUUCAAAAAAAUGUAUGAAGAUGCGUCAUUAUUUUGUUGAGAUUAUUUUCUCAGGUUUGGUUUUGCCUUUUGAUGUUUAAGUGUUCAAUGUUUAAGUGGAACAUUACUGUGAUAUUGUAGAUGUACUCUUUUAUGUUACUGCUGUAUAGUUACUGAAGGUUUUAUAUGGCAAGUUAUGUUCUUCACACAUUAACUUCUCCCCAUGAAAUGCACUUUUUAUUUACUGAACUACAGUCAGUGCAUCGGUUUGGUUCUGUAUGUGUGUGUGUGGUGACACAUUUUCUGAUUUCAUUCACUUAGCUUCAGUGUUUAGGACUAGAGAAAUAGACUGAUGUUUAUUUUUAUUUACGAUGAACAACUGUAUUUCUACAGGGUUUCACGGGGUGUGACCCUCCCAAAAUACAAAAGUGUAGUUCUCAA